AUUGCAAAAACAAAUGAAGUUAAACCUACACCUUGCAGAAAAGUUAUACACCUUUUGCUACCCUCACGGCUGCUUCACCCACUCUCACUCUCAUUCCCGUCGUCAGGUCUUCCAGCUACUCUACCGCCGCCCCGCCUGUCCCUCCUUCGCCGUGUGCCGCCGCCAAGCAGCGAAUUCCUAAUUGCCGGCCCAUACAUAAACGACUGCGUUUUGCUUCACGGUGCGGUAGCCAUGGCUUAUAGUCGCGAGCGUGAUUUCUUGUUCUGUCACUACUGUGGGACAAUGCUCACUGUCCCUUCAGUCAACUACGCUGAAUGCCCCUUGUGCAAAAACAGGAGUAACAUCAAAGAUAUUGAAGGAAAGGAAAUAAGUUACACCAUUUCUGCUGAGGAAAUCAGAAGAGAGCUUGGAAUCGAGACAAUUGAAGAACAGAAGGUGCAAUUGUCCAAGGUCAACAAGACAUGUGAAAAAUGUGGGAAUGGUGAAGCUACCUUUUAUACCAGACAGAUGAGAUCAGCGGAUGAAGGGCAAACUACUUUCUACGCAUGCACCCGCUGUGGUCAUCAAUUCCAGGAGAACUAAGUUAAUGGAUUUCCUGCACUCCUUACUUUUUUUUUGUUUCCAAGGCUGAUAUGUACCCUCUAUAUUUUACCAAACGUUGAAGGGAGAGAGCAUUGUAUGUGCAAGUGAUAGAAUUUAAGUUUGGACUGUUUGUAAUUUGUGCAAUGAAAGAUGUCUUUAAGAUUCAAA